UUGACGUUAGAGCACUAGGUACCUAGCAUACAGGCUAAAUCUGUAAACCUAGUUAUUUGGCACUUUUAAACUUAAUUUUUGACUGCUUUUGCGAUUACUUUGCACGCUAGUAUGAUAAUUCAGACGGACGAUAAUAUUUCUUGAGUCUGUGAAUUGUUGUGUCAAGAUUAAUUGAUUUUUUAAAGAUAUUUUUUUGGCGUGGACAUCACCUCUGCUUGGAGGAAAUACAGCUGGCUAGCGCAGCUGCUUGGAGAUCCAGCGUGUUGUGCCAGCGGAGAUGGAUCCUCUGGGUGCUCGCUCCAACUUCGUGGACAUCCAAACUCUCCCGACGUGGCAGCAGCAGCUGGGGGAGGAUGUUGAGGCCACAACGCUGGACCAGGACGACAGCUUGUUCAGCCUGCAGACCUUCCCCUCGCCCUUCCCCUUCAGGCCAGACAUCAACCGCAAGAUCAUCCUCUUCCCUGGUGAUGUCUGUCUGCUGAACUGCACCUCCAUUGUGAACACCAGCAACGAGUCACUAAACGACAAGAACCCAGUGUCUGACAGCAUCCAUCAGCUGGCAGGGCCUGAGCUACGAGACGAGCUGCUCAAACUCAAAGGAUGUCGGACAGGGGAGGCAAAGCUGACCAAAGGCUUCAACCUGGCAGCGAGGUUCAUCAUCCACACGGUGGGACCAAAAUACAAAGCCAAGUACAGGACGGCGGCGGAGAGCUCGCUGUACAGUUGCUAUAGGAACAUCAUGCAGCUGGCCGCAGAGCAGUCAAUGGCGUCUGUUGGCUUCUGUGUGGUGAGCACGACCAAAAGAGGUUACCCACUGGAGGAUGCUACACACAUUGCUCUCAGAACAGUGCGCAGGUUCCUGGAGAAUCAUGGAAACCGUAUAGAGACGGUGGUGUUCACAGUGACAGACACAGAGGAGCCGGUGUACAAGAAGUUAUUGCCUCUAUACUACCCUCGCUCUGAGGAAGAGGAGAAGGCCUCCCUGCCUCUCAUCCCAGCUGACAUUGGCAACUCUGAGGGUGAACCCGUCGUCCCCGAGAGACAGAUCCGCAUCGCCGAGAAACCAGGCACCCUGGAAGAUGAUUCCGAAGAGGAGAGUCUGGAGUCAGAUCUCGGUCAGGUGGGGAAUCACGCUUUUGCCCGGAUGGAGGGUGAUGUGGACAAGCAGCGGAAACAGAUCCUACAGGGCCAGUUGUCAGAGGCGGCCAUGCAUAAACAACACCAAAGGAAUUACAAUCGCUGGCUGUGUCGGGCAAGAGCAGAGGAUCUGUCAGAUAUCGCUGCACUGAAAGCCUUAUAUCAAACCGGUGUGGAUAUGUGCGGCAGAACAGUGAUGGUUUUGGUUGGUCGAAACAUCCCAGUGACCCUUAUCGACAUCGAAAAGGCCCUGCUGUACUUCAUCCAUGUGAUGGACCACAUCACAGUGAAGGAAUAUGUGAUGGUUUACUUCCACACACUGACCGGCGAGCACAACCACCUGGACUCCGGCUUUCUCAAGAAUCUCUACGACAUUGUCGACACCAAGUUUAAAAAGAAUUUAAAGGCCUUCUACUUUGUACAUCCAACAUUUCGCUCUAAGGUGUCAACGUGGUUUUUCACCACCUUCAGUGUGUCGGGGAUGAAGGACAAGGUUCGCUACCUGGACAACCUGCAGCAGCUCUUCACCUGCAUCAAACCUGAGCAGAUCGACAUCCCUCCAUUUGUCCUGGAGUAUGACGCACGGGUGAACGGACCCUACCUUCCCUCCCAGUCUUCCAGUCUGUGACAGGACACAAAUCAGACCUCCCUGUCGGGUUGACGAACGAACGCCAUUUAUGGACAUCAUGUUGCCCGUGGGGUCUGAACUCCUAACCUCCUCUUAAGGCUAUAGAACCAUAAUGGGGAAACUCCUUUUGUUUUGUCCCUGCCAAAAGGACAAAAUGAACAGUCGCAGCCCACAUUUAGCAGCACGUGGCGUGGUGAGCGGCCAUUUCUCACUCACCACAGACUAUUUAUUUGUGGAUCUGGUAUGGUUUCUGGAUUAUGCCUUACUUCAAGAUUUCUUAUUCAGCAGUUUCCUCAAACAUCCCUAAAUAUGAAGUAUCAUGUCAAGCCUGACAGUUGCUCAAAGCCUUUUCCAUCGUGUGGUCACACCAGACGUCCUUGCCCAUGGCUCAGAAUACUGUCAGACUUUCAAAUGCUGGAGUUAGACACGGGAGGAUGACGUCUAUCUGGAUUUCCACACCGUUUCAUUCUGUACCAUACCACGCAGGACAGGUGAAACUUUGAGUGAAGUAAAGACUAAUGCUGCAUUUCACUUAGGCGGAAGUUGGAAAUUCCCACCCGGUAUGUUGUAGUAUCAACCUCUGCGUUCUCCUGCGGUCACAGUCAGAAAAUCCCGGGGGAGAAAAAUGCAUUGGAGAUUUUCUUAGACAAAAACACUGCUCUUUGUGUAACAGCUAAUGUCAUUCGAUGUUAGCUAGCUAGGUACAAUAGAACAUUAACUUAAUAUCACAAAGUUACAUUUAUCCAUUUAGCAACUUAAGGAUAUAAUUUAACAUCUCGGAAAGUAUGCUUAUUUGCUUUCUUGCCACGAGUUAGAUGAGAAGAUCGAUACCACUGCCGCAGCUACAGCCAGGAGACAGGUAGCUUAGUUUAGCAUGAAGACUAUUAGAAGGGGGAAACCACUAAGUCCCUGUAAAACCGCAAUUUAUCAUUUUUACACUUGAGUUUUUAUACAGAUUAGCAAGACCAACAAGAAAUAGCAUGUUAGUUUGUGAGCUUUAAAAGGUGCUGGUAGGUGUAUUUUCUUACCUUGAAACAGAGCCAGGCUAGCUGUAAAUAUGAAAGUGCUAUCCCUUUUUAUCCAACUCUCUGCAGGAGAGCAAAUAAGCAUAUUUCCCAAAAUGUUAACCUAUUCGUUUAAGCUUUAAAUCCACACGGUGGCUGGAUUUCAGGUGAUGUGUUGAAGAUGUUAAAUGAUUGUUUAAGUGCUGCUGAUCUACAUAUCUACAUCACAAAAAUCCAAACUCUGCCGGCUUUUCUGUUGUAAUUUCUUAUUUCAUGGAAGGCGGCAGAGCAUAUCUGUGCUUCUACCAGCCUCGUGAACUUCUUGUCACUAACCUUGUUAAAAGUAGCGCUGAGAUGCCAAAUAUUCACUGGUUUCAGUUUCUCAGAUGUGAGAAUUUGCUGCUUUUUUAUGUUUAACAUUGUUGAAAAUUGCAUACUUUGUCUGCACAAAAACGAGCAAAUUCAGGACGUCAUCAUUUUUCACUAUUUUUUGAAACUUAAGAGAUACAACAAUAGAUAUUUAAGAGAUACAACAAUAGAUAUUUAAAGAAAUCAGUACAUUAAUCGGUAGUCGUGGCCCUAAUCACAAGUCUGUGCCUGUGUGAGGAUAGCUAGCCUCCUUGCUGUCUGCAGAUGCAUUCAGGAGAAGAUGUAUCACAAAUAUUCUCCCACUCCCAACUUACUGCAUUUGCUUCCAAAUUGUCUUACACAGUUAUAUUUUGUCUUACUUUGUAGUUUUCAGCAGCUCUGCUUUCUCUGAUAUUCACUCUCUUUGGUUGAACUGUUGCUCACUCACUCACUCACUCACUUUGUUUUAAGGGUGCACAAGCAAGAAGGGAUUAUGUAAAUUGUAGUUUUAUAGCCAUUAUCACCCUGGCAUGAUGAUGGAAACUAGAAUUAGCUGAUUUUUCGUUUCCCCUUGCUAAUGGAGCUUCAAAUGUUUUGCACCUGUUUGUUACAAUGGGCGCUUUGUUCCUCAGUCACUAAUUUCCCUUUUUAUUUGCACAGUUUAAUUUAACUUUGACUAUCAGACUAGAGGGUUUCCUUAUCAGGGCAAUUGCAAAUGUACUGAAAUAAACAUUCAUGCAGUCAUUAUGUAGCAAACCAAUCUGUCUGGUAGCCCAAGGAGUACAGAAACACUAUCACACAUUAAAUGUAGAUUCUGUCUGUUACUGUUGGGAGGGAUGUCACCUCCGUGUAGUUCUGUCUUUACCCGAUCCUGUCUCCUGUGUUUCCACACACCAUCAAAACGUCAGGAGUCUUUAAAUAAUUUCAGCUCUGUUAGCAAAAAAAAAAAAAAAGAAAA